AGUCAUUACAAUAAAAUGUAAGGACCUCUGUUAUUUUUUUGAAAAUAGAGGGACCUAAGAGUUAUUUCAACAAAACUCGCGUCACCCGUUGAAUAAUUUUCUACAACUUGAUGUGGCCUGUCACAUAACACAGCCCUCUUGUACUGCUAUUUUUGUUUUGUUUUUUUGUGUAAUUGAUGUCUGAGUAUUUGCCCCCAGAAAUCAUCACGCAGAUCCUCAGCAGACUCCCGGUGAAAUCGGCGGUGAAAUGCACCGCCGUCUGCAAGGCCUGGUACGCUCUCAUCAAACAUCCCUCUUUCGUUUCCACUCAUCUGCAACAGGCGGCCGCUCUUCAGGACGACGACCUUCUCCUUGUCUGUAUCCGUUACGACGAUUUGAGAUAUGUUUAUCAUUUGCAUCGCGGCAAUGACGCCUUUGGAGAGUAUAAGCGGGUCACUCUGCCUCCCAACCCAUUUGAGGAUUACAGGAUUGUUGGCACAUGUAAUGGGUUGAUUUGUCUCACAGAUUAUGACAGAACUUCUCGGUAUACAACCUUGUGGAAUCCUUCCAUUCGCAAACAUUUCGUUUUGCCUGAUUUUCCCUUGGCCUACGGUUUCCCUUUAUAUCAUAUGAUAGGUCUAGGGUUUGAUUCGGUGUCAGAUGACUACAAGUUGCUUUUAAUUGUGCCUAGUGGCGAUACCAGAGAUUUGUAUGAUGUUUGGUUAUUUUCGUUGAAUAAGUGUUCUUGGACGAGGCUUACUCAAAUUUCUCCCUCUGAUUGGUUUUGUGGUGCUGGGAAGGUGGUCUUUGUGAAAGGUGCUUUGCAUUUUCGCAUGCAUCCACAUAUGAUUUUGGCUCUUGAUUUGAGCACGGAGAAGUUCUUUGAGAUCAAUAUUCCUCAUGGUUUAGUUCAUUUAGUAUGUCAGACAACGGACUUGGUUAAAUAUGAAGAAUCCAUCGCACUGGUUAUUAGGGGCUCACGCUACGAUGAAAUUCGGUUGUGGGUCAUGAAGGAGUACGGUGUAGACAAUUCGUGGGCCAAGGUGUUAGAUUCCUUCGACAAAAAUGGAGAGCCAGUGUCUGAUAAACAAUUGUCUGCUGUAUUUGUGGUCAGGAAGAAAGGGAAAGCUGUUUUGGAGGUGAGCGUGGAUGAUGGGCGUGAAUGGGGUGAUGGCGAGGUAGCUAUGCUGGAUUUGAAUGGCCACCUAGAGGAACAUCAGAAGCAGCAUCAGCAUCAGCUUAAGUAUCUUGGUGGACCGAAGAACGUUCUAUUUUACCUCGUUGAUAACUAUGUGGAGAGCCUGGUCUUACUUGACAAAGGGGAAGAAGAUGUUGUGGUGGCCGGGAGCAGUCUAAAUGAAUGAAAGUGAAGCCAUAUAUAUUCACUAGUAAGUGAACCCAUCUCUUUUGCUUGGAUUGGCAUUUAGUACUAGCUAGGAGUGUUUCUGUUUUCUCUUACUUGUGAACUGUGAAGGAUAAUGUGCUCUUAUUUGAAGGCUACUGUUAAUGUUCUAUGGCAGAUGUACGUAUUUCCCAUUGAUUGUCUUGCAUACUACUUACUCUUGG